AUGAGUUUGGAAACUUCUUUAAACAACUUAAAUCUAUACGAUGCCAAGAAGUAUUUUCGCAAGGCUCAAAAUAUAGUAUUCAAUUAUACCGAGAUAGAAAGCAAAGUAAGAGAAGCUACCAAUAACGAACCAUGGGGCGCUUCUUCUACGUUGAUGGAACAAAUUUCACGGGGAACUUAUAAUUAUAAAGAAAGAGAGGAGAUUAUUGGCAUGAUUUUUAGAAGAUUUACGGAAAAAAGUGCCAAUGAAUGGAGGCAAAUAUACAAGGCUCUGCAAUUAUUAGAGUAUUUGAUCAAACAUGGUAGCGAAAGAUUUAUUGAUGACUGUCGCGCAAACUUAUCUCUUAUCAGCAUGUUAAAAGAUUUUCAUUACAUUGAUAACCAAGGUAAAGACCAAGGGAUUAAUGUUAGAACCAGAGCUUUAUCCAUUGUUGAAUUCUUGAAAGACGAUAACCAAAUUAGAGAAGAACGCAAAAAGGCCAGGGAAACUGCCCAAAAAUAUAAAGGUGUAAGCAAUAUGAUCGGUACUAAUGGUAAUUCCGCUGCUAUUGGCCCCCAAUUUAAUAAUCGUCCCUACACCGCACCUGGAUUCAUUCGUCCUUCCACUAACAGUAUCAGUGUAAGUGCAGAUUUUGAUGACUUGAAUGAUACUAAUGGCACUAGAGAUUAUAAUCAUUAUAAAUCUACCUCAUAUGAAGAAUAUAAAGAAGAUUUAAAGGAGGAACAAAACAAUACUAAUGAAAAUACAAAACGUAAAUCCAUAGAUUUUACAUAUUCUAAUAACAAUGAUUUACCGGAUUUGUUGGAUACUUCCAUUGUUACUGAACAACACCAUGAUGAAGAGAGAAAAACUACUAGAGAAGAUGAAGAUGAUGAUGAGUUUGCUGACUUUCAGAGUUCUAUUCCUGUUGCCAAGGAACCUGCUCCUGUUAGUACAGCAGAUGCUUUGAAAAGUUUAUACAAUACCACUACCAUUAAUAAUGCUAUAAGUGACGUUAACGCUCGCAAUAACAGCAAUAAUUUUUCGUACUCUACUUUAAAUCCAAAUAACAAUAACACUAAUAAUAGGAACAAUUCGAACCUUGUUUCAAAUGUGGCUUUAAAUAAUAAACCCUCCGAUCCCUUCAGUGCUUUAUUUAACACUGCCAAAACACUUAAUCAGGAUACUUUAAAUCCAACACAACCUGCUAAAAAAGAAGAAAUUACUAAAAAAGAAGAUAAAGAAGAAGAAAAAGAGUAUGAUGAUGAUGAUUUUGGUGAAUUGACUGGCCCGAAUAAUAUUCCAACUGGCCAUACUAACACUGAAGUGAAGGAGCCACAACUUUCAAACACCAACAACAUUGAUUUAUUAGAUCUUUAA